AUGAGAACGAGAUCGGCCGUGCUUCUGGCACUUUUCGCUGCUCGCUUCUGCUACGUCACGUUCCAUCAGCAGCAGCCGCGGCACGUCUCCAGACGGUUCCACAAUGGCGACUUCGACUCGUCGCUCUUCGUCCUUCUGCAGUCGACGUCGCCAGAAAAGGUUUCUAUCCUUUCGGAGAUUCAUGGAUGACAUCUCUUGGAACAGACGUCGUUGUGUGAGGGAAGUUGGCUCACCGACGUCGACGAUCUUUUUGUUUUCCCACAGCGAAUCGACCUCCGACGCAUUCGCGCCGCAUCUUGCUUCAUGUUCACGUGAGUUUGUUUGCUGAUUUAGAAGAAUUUCUCGACUUUUUUUUAUUAGUGCGUUCUUUGGAAAUUCUAGAAUUAAAAUUGAACUUCGAACUUUUUCUCCUAAAUACUUUAUUAUUCCGUUCGCCAAGACUUUAAAGACUUCAUCACUGGCAAGGUCAUAAAAAUAAAUAUGAAAAUAGAACGCAAACAAGAGAGAAGGAAAGAGGUGUAGAGAAAUCAGACUGGUUCAACUGGGCCGAACGGACUUUUUCUUCUUCAGAAUUUAUGACAAAGCCAUACAUAUUUCUUUUUAUCGACGAACUGAGUGAAGAAGAAUAUUUCAUGAAAUGGUUUGAUAAAGCGAGUUUGUAGGAAUAAUCGAUGAAUGGAGAAAAAAAAAGGUUUAGAAGGAUGCUGGCCUACAGUUCAAAGUACCUUCCGGGCCAUUCGCGAUGGAUCCUCUUCUCCUUGGACGACGCCUACGUCUUGGUCGACAAGUUGAGAAAGGUGUGAACAACUUCUUCUUCUUCUUCUUUGAUCAACUGCUGCUUCUCAGGAACUGAGCGCCUUGGACUCUCACGAACCGCAGUUCGCCGUGCUGGCCGACGUCAGCCUCGAGGUAUCGCUUUCGAAUCUUUUGGGUCAUUCGAGAUCUUUAUCGUCGCGCUGUUCCCAAGUUGAAAAUAUGAUUUUUUAGGACUGGAGGAGGAAUCAAAACCAAGGAAUCCUGAUGUCCAGAGCUGCUCACGAUAUUCUGUGGGACCGGCUCCGAAAUUCAUUGUGUCACUGCGAUGUUUCCGUGAAUAGUGAGGAGUUCUAUCUUAUAUAUAAUCUUGAAAAAGGUUCUCAUUGAAUGGGAUGAUAAAUUUGAAAUAGAGUUCGAACUCAAAGACGUCACAGAGUUUUUGGCUCAGGCGAAAAUUGCUCUUUAUUUCUGAAACCGCAUCACAAAUAAGUGAUUUUUUUUUUGAAUUUUUUUUUCGAUCUAAUAAAACUUCAAGAUUUUUUUAAACUUAACUUUGACUCGAAGCAACCAAAAUAUUUCUUCUAAUUUCCUAGACUUUAUCUCCCAGUGUCUGGGAACAAAGGGGCUUAACUUCAAUGAAGACGCCUACGGCAAAAGUCGCAACUUUGCGCUGACUCGACAUUUCGAAGUCAACGAGAUGUCGUCGGCCAGCAAGCCGUACAAUGAUGGUGAAGAGGUCUUUCGAGGAAUCUGAACGGAAAAUGGGAAUUUCAAUUUGCAGUGGAUCAGCGGCCACAGCUCGUCGAUUCUGUCUUUCCUGUCCCUCUCCGCUGACGAUCUCCGUGUUCUUCGGGUGCUUUUCCGGCGCGUUCGCGUGUCUGACCUGUAA